AGCCGCAAGGGUGACUCGGACGACGGCGGUGACGUCACUCCCUCGGCACGUGAUUGGAGAGGCGAAGCUGGAUGUUUGGUCACGGGACAAAGGAGCCGUGAAGAUGGACGCUUCCUUGCCGGUCAUAGCAGAAGAAUUGCUGCAAGAGAUCCAGAAAUCUUUCCACGAAACUUCCCAGAUUUCGGAUGAUCUUCUACUGGCGCUGAGGUUCGUCUUCGGGACGUCUGUCGUCCCUGCUCUGGAUUUGGUGGAUCGCCAGUCAGUCACACGGUUCGUGUCUCCAAGCGGGAGGACGGUAUAUCAGGUGGUGGGCAGCUCUGGCAAACUCUACACUUGUUACGCCUCCUGCCACUUCUGCAGCUGUCCGGCUUUUGCCUUCUCCGUGUUGCGGAAAGGAGACAACCUCGUGUGUAAGCACAUCCUCGCCAUCUAUCUGAGCCGAGCGACUGGAGCUUGCCAGGAGCAAAACAUCUCUGACCAGCAACUGUCCGCCCUGCUACUCCCCCGAGGAGAAUGAUGAACGGAAGGAAGUUGAGAAAAAGAAAGGAGAAAAUGUUGAGCGGUAACCCCAACGAACGGCUGGAAGCUCUUUCGAGCUGAGCACGUGUCUCUUCCCUCUAUCCCGCCGGGUUCGGGAGAGUCCUGGCUCCUGUUUUCUCUGCUCAGCAAUGAUUGAUGUCUGUCGUUUUUUGUGUCCCGCUGGGACAAUUUUAUGCAGCUCUGGACUUGGUGAGCCAAAUCACAGGACAGGCUGCCGUUCGAAACGAUUAACCCUAAGAGUGGAUUGCAGCAAACAUCUUUAAAGCGUCUUUCCGCGAGCACAAAAAUGACACCAGUAAAUUGGGAGGACAAUUUUGAUUUUGGCAAGUACUUUAUUUUAAAAAAGGAAGGAAGGAAGGAUAAAAAU